AUGUCUUAUAGCCAUCAAUUUGCCUCUCAAAAUUCGACGUCUAGCUCACGCGUCUCCUCUUUAACCCGAGUGCGCCAUGAUACACCAGGUGUCCAGGUUACCGGGACGCUAAGGCUGAGAGCAGAAGGCGACGCUCAAAACGCGGGCGAAGAAAUGCAGGCACGGCAUAUACGGUGGAGUGAAGAUGUGGUAGACAACGAGGGAAUGGGGAAAAAGAGCUCAAAAGGUACAUUCAAUGCCAAUACCAGGCUACAAGACUUUUUCGGCCCGUCGGGGAAAGUAGUUCGGAAUCAGAAUCAUCGGACUCCGAAUCUGAUUCUGAUAGCGAUCGCGAAACCAAGAACUCGAAUGACAGAAGAAGCUGCGGACACUCAAACCAUCGCCAUGAUACUGCUCACAAGUCAUCGAGAAGAGGACGCGCCUCAGAUGGCCAUAGUCAUGACAACGAGAAAGUCCAGCGCAGGAAGCCUAGUCCCAAUGCAUACGAAAAGAUGCCGAAAUAUACAAAAGGCUGAUUGUGAUAUAAUCGUCGGGCUUAAACUUGGAUUAACCGUCAUACAACGUUGACAUAUCGAUAAUCGAACUUUUAAGCAUGCAUACGUUAUAAUAGCCCUAUUUCGCCGGCUUAAGAUAUCCCUCGGCAUUUGCAAGCAUGGACCGUGAAAUGGAGAAAAUGAGACGGACACUCGGUCCAUCGAUCUGGGAAAUGACCACCCUAAGCUUAGGGAACAUGGUGCUCUCUAACGAAACAUGUAGCAACCGUGCGCAGUUCAAACCCGUGUUUAUCGCUUGA